UCAAAAUAGUUUAAUUUGUUUAUAUUUAUAUUUUAUAAUGUGUUUAAUGUUAAGUUUAGUGAUUAUGUGAAGCACGUGUUUGAGUGAUGUCGGGAGUGCCGGGAGCAAUCGUGGCAUGUGUGUGGUAUCCGUAUGCAAAUGUGUAAACUUUCGGUAUGGGUCGCGAUUAGAGUCAACGGUCGAACGUUUGAAGUACAAGUACAAGUACAAUCUAUAUAAACCGGUACAACCGACGCUGGGUUUUUAAACGUUUCUCCAAGUUUCAAACUUUUAAAAUUAACUUUAAAUAGUGUUAUAAGUUUUCCACGUGGAUGUACACUCAGCACGAUAUUCAAAAUGUGUUGAUUCUGCAUUGUGCACACACACACACACACCGAUACGAUUGCUUCAGCCUGUCCUGCGUUAUUAAACACGUUUCUCAACGGCUUGCCAGCGCGCCUGCGACUCCUGCGAGUGCUGUUUUUAUUUAUCAUUCAACAUUCAGCUGCCGGCCAAGUGGCACGGCGUUUUCGCGUCCGCGUGUUUUUGAAACAAAAACAAAAUACAAACAUACUAAUAAUAACACGGGUUAAGUUUAUAUCGCAAGUGUUUUUAAUUAAUUAAUUACCAAAUAGUUGAUAUUUUGAUUUUGAGUGAUCGGUAAUGUAACGUGAUUGUUGGUGUGUAAAUUAUUAGUAAUAUUUUCUAACGCGUGAAAAUGUCAGAGAAAAAGGGUAGCGUUAAGGAGUUCGCGCCGUUGUACCAGCCGCUGGCGAAGAACAACGACGAUAUGGAGAUGGAUCCGAUUGACCACGACGGUGGAGAUGAUAAACGGACGAGGUUUCAAGUGAAUCGGGUGAGGAAUGAGACGCCGGAGAGGUCGAAUGGUGGUGAUGCUGUCGUGGACGUCGGGCGCGAGGAAGACGAAGAGGAUGAUGAGCUGCACGAGGCGAAUGAUCGCACCAGGCUUAAUUCGGAGACUUAUGACACGAAAUAUGUCAAAAGUUUCAGACACUUGACGCGGGAAGCUCUUCCACGUUUAGACAAUUACAGAAACAUUAUGUCCUUACAGGCGGCGAACAGGCCGACGCUGGACGAAUUACAUAAUGCCACGCUGCCCAAUAAGAUGCAACAAUCUCCUUUGCAUGGGUUAAACGGCAAAGAUCCAAACGGAGAGGGUCAAUUAAAGUUUGGCUGGAUACAGGGUGUGCUGGUAAGAUGUCUCCUGAACAUUUGGGGUGUGAUGCUCUUCCUGCGGCUGUCCUGGGUCGUAGGUCAAGCCGGGGUCGGACAAGCAGUAUUAUUAAUUUUAACUACGACGGCCGUCACCUCAAUAACGGCACUUUCGAUGUCAGCUAUCAGCACAAAUGGUGUCAUCAAAGGAGGUGGGACUUAUUACAUGAUAUCAAGAAGUCUUGGUCCGGAGUUUGGCGGUUCCAUUGGUCUUAUAUUCUCGUUGGCGAAUGCCGUCGCCUGCGCCAUGUACGUGGUGGGCUUUUGCGAGUCAAUAUUAGCUCUUCUACAUGAUUACGGCUUGUACAUCAUUGACGGUGGUGUACAGGAUGUACGGAUCAUCGGAUCGAUCACCAUAUUAAUUCUAUUGAUCAUUGUUGUUGUUGGCAUGGAAUGGGAGGCUAAAGCACAAAUGGGUCUCCUGGUCAUUUUGUUAGUCGCCAUCCUUGAUUUCAUCAUUGGUAGCCUGAUUCCACCUAAAGAUGAGUACAAAGCAAAGGGUUUUAUUGGCUAUAAUGCAACGUUAUUUAUGGAGAAUUUAUCACCGGAUUAUCGGGAAGCAGAUGGAGUCCAACACAAUUUCUUUUCAGUGUUUGCCAUUUUCUUUCCGGCUGCGACAGGCAUUUUAGCUGGGGCCAAUAUUUCUGGUGAUUUACGUGAUCCACAAAAAUCUAUUCCUAAGGGAACAAUUUUGGCAAUCUUGAUAACUACAGCGAGUUAUAUCGUAAUGGCGAUUAUUGUGGGAGCUACAGUCGUCCGAGAUGCAACUGGAAAUGUUACCGAUUUAUACAAUGGUACAUUCAGGGACUGCGCAAAUAUAACUUGUGAAUUUGGAAGCCAAAAUAGCUUCCAAGUCAUUGAACUCGUCUCCUGGAUUGGCCCUGUUAUAUACGCUGGUUGCUUUGCGGCCACUUUGUCUUCCGCGCUAGCAUCACUUGUUUCCGCACCCAAGGUCUUCCAAGCACUUUGUAAGGAUAAACUUUACCCGAAGAUUGAAUGGUUUGCGAAGGGUUAUGGGCAGAACAACGAACCAGUUCGCGGCUAUAUCUUAACCUUCGUGAUCGCUGUCGCUUUUAUUCUAAUUGGCGAAUUGAACUUGAUCGCACCGCUCAUUUCCAACUUCUUCCUUGCUGCGUAUACGCUCAUCAACUUCUCGACGUUCCACGCCUCGCUGGCGAAACCAGUGGGCUGGCGACCGACGUUUAAGUACUACAACAUGUGGCUGAGUCUUCUCGGCGCCAUAUUAUGUAUUUUGGUGAUGUUCUUGAUCUCCUGGGGAACGGCGCUUUUAACACUGGCUGUUGUGUUGGCUUUAUAUCUUAUUGUGGCUUAUAGAAAACCGGAUGUUAACUGGGGAUCAACGACUCAGGCGCAGAUCUAUAAGAAUGCUUUACAAAGCGUGCAUCAAUUAAACAAUGUAGAGGAACACGUUAAGAAUUACCGACCACAAAUAUUAGUGUUGUCUGGUAUGCCAAACACUAGGCCAGCUAUAGUGGAUUUCGCAAAUUUAAUCACAAAGAAUACAUCGAUGCUUGUUUGUGGUCACAUUAAUAACAGCAUUUCCGCUCAAAAGUGGCGGAAACAAGCACAACAGAAUGAGCAGGCACAACAAGCGCAGUCCUGGUUUAAAAUGCACAAAAUGAAAUCUUUUUAUAUGGCAGUAGAUGGAUAUGGCUUUGAAGAUGGUUCUAGAGCAUUGAUGAAAGCUUGCGGCAUUGGCAAGUUACGCCCGAAUAUUUUAAUGGUUGGACACAAGGGCGAUUGGCAAAAAUGCGCAAGUAGUGAUUUGGAUGCAUAUUUUGAAGUUUUACAUCAAGCAUUCGAUAUGUACAUGGGCGUGGGCAUCCUCCGUCUUCAAAACGGCUUAGAUAUAAGUGAUCAAAUAACCGACGAACAUCAAAAUGGAUCUAUCACAAGGAAUCAAUCGUACAGUCAUUUAUCACAUUCGAGUAGUUGUAGUGAUGUUUCCGUGCCAGCUACACCAAUUGCUAAAAACAAGAACACAGUUAAUAACAGCCCAAAUGCCGACGAUGAAUCCCUUUCAAAGAAGAAAGUUAGAUCCGUUUCGGAUGAUGCACUUGCUGAUGGAAACACCGAAUUACCCAGGGGAGAUCAAAGAGAGUAUGUUACCAUUCCAGAAAAAGCAGAAACGCGGCGGUACCAUUGAUGUGUGGUGGUUGUACGACGAUGGAGGUUUGACUCUUCUGUUGCCGUAUAUUAUCAGUACAAGAAGAAAUUGGGGUAAUUGCAAAUUGAGAGUGUUUGCAUUGGCAAACAAACGCGAUGAGUUAGAAUUUGAACAUCGCAAUAUGGC